CGCCGCAAAGUGCGUUUGAAUCACAUGAGGUUUAUUAUUGAAAAGUCGUAUUGGAGAGUUGGCAAGGCAUGACAGAAGAGAAUGAGCUGAAAUGACAACGAAUGCAGACACGAGACGGAGGAAACUCGGCGGAGACGCAGAUCCAUCAGAGGAUCACAAUGGUGUUGGAGGUAGUUUCCCAGGCUGUGAGAGGGUUUGUGCAGAUGCUGUUGACGGGCGCAAUGCACUGCAAAGCAGCUCCUUCACACCGAAACACCCCACAACAAAAUGCAGUCUCGAUGGUGAAAUAUGCGACGAGAACCCAUGCAAGACCACAAUAAGUGCAGAAAAUGAAGUAGAAGCCCAAAAGCUUGCAAAUAAUUAUAAGUUUGGAUUCAGGAAAUGGAAAAGUCAUGUGACGGAGCGGCCGUUUGAGGACAGAUCUGAUGUUGUGAAGGAGCUUUACUCUGAGCUGAACGUUAUUAAACCCAUCUCAGCGGGUUCAUUGUUCACUGCUGGUAAUUUAUUCUACGUGUUCCUGUUUGGCUGGUGGAUCUCUCUGGUUUAUGUUGUUGUUGGACUCCUAAUGUUCCUCACAGUUAUAGGAAUCCCCUAUGCGAAACUCUGCUGGAGGUUGUCCUGCUAUUUUCUGUGGCCGUUUGGAAAAGCAAUCGAAAAGAUCAACCUCUCAGUGCCAACGUACAGUGUAAUGAUAUUCCAGGAUGGAUAUCUAGAGGAAGAAGAGAAUGGAAAGACUUCUCCUCUUUUACUGCCCACACCUGUGGAGGAUCCGAUAGAAGAAACAACAGGAAGUCCUCAAGAUGACCGCUAUUGGUGCCAUGUGAGCACAUACGUGUGGCUCUUGGUUGGUUACCCUUUCCUGGCCCUCACACACUUUUUAGUGUGCUUGAUCUCCUGGCUGCUGGUUUUCACCAUCCCUGUGGCCAAAAUGAGUGCCAAAACAUUACACAGCAUCCUUUUCACACCCCCAGAAUACAUUCAUAUCAGCAAAGCGACAGAGGUUCAGGAACAGGAGAGAGAAGUGAUUCUGUGCUGCUAUCACGCAGUGAACCUCUAUUACUAUAAAUACACAGUGGAUGGAAUCAAUGUUUUUGCUGUUAAUCUCUUACCAUUAGUUAUAGUGUCUCUAGUCAUUGGUUAUGUCGACCAAACAAACCAAUUUGCUAGUUCUGAAUUCAAGUUUGCCACAGCCAUCAGCUCUAUCAUUCCUUUGUCUUAUUACAUUGGCAUGGGCAUUGCAAGUAUAUCCGCUCAGAGUAACUUUGCUGUCGGGGCCGUGGUAAAUGCAACAUUCGGCUCCAUCACAGAGUUGACCUUUUACAUCACAGCCUUGCUCAGAGGUCAUCGCCAGAAAAACACCUGCCUGCAAGAGAUGGUGAAGGCGGCUCUUACCGGGACCCUGCUGGGCUGCAUUCUUUUUAUACCAGGGAUAUGUAUGAUAAUCGGAGGCAUCAAGCACAGUGAACAGAGGUUUAACAGCCGCUCGGCAGGGGUCAGCUCCUCUCUGCUCUUUAUAUCAAUAGGGGGAGUGUUUGCUCCCACUCUCUUCUCUAAAGCUUAUGGGAAUCUUGUAUGUGAGGACUGUACCAACUCUACAGGGACCAACAGCACUGGAUCCUUCACAUGCAGACACUGCCACUAUGAUCUGAGUGAAAAUAACUACAGUCUGUUUCACAGUCACAUUGAGCCUCUGGUGUACACAGUGUGUGUUCUCCUGUCUGUGUCUUAUAUCAUCGGCCUCAUCUUCACUCUUAAAACUCAUUCACACAUUUAUGACAUUCAAGUUGGUGAUGGAACUGCAGGUCACCUGGGAGCAUCCGUACAUUGGUCCCGCUGGAGAUCUCUACUCAUCCUGAUUGUCGCAACAGCGCUGAUGUCUGCGUGUGCUGAUCUGACCACAGAACACAUUCAGCCAAUCCUCAGUUACUCUUCUAUAUCUCAGUAUUUCAUAGGUGUGACAAUUUUAGCCAUGGUUCCCGAAAUACCAGAAAUCGUCAAUGGAAUCCAGUUUGCUCUUCAGAAUAAAAUCAGUUUAAGUUUCGAGGUUGGAAGAUGCAUCGCCGUGCAAGUGUGUAUGAUUCAGAUCCCCCUUUUGGUUUUAUUCAACAUUUUUUAUGAUGUUGGAUUUGUACUCCUCUUCAGUGACCUGCACCUGUGGGCCAGCAUCUUUAGCGUCCUUCUUGUCAACUAUAUUUUUAUGGAUGGAAAAUCUGAUUACUUUCAAGGUACUGCUCUGGUGGGGGUGUAUCUUAUCCUGCUUGCAAUGUAUUUCUUUGCACCCUCUCCUCCCGGAUGCUGAGAGGAACAAGCAUUUACUUUUCUGCAUUUAAUGUUUUCAGUUUUAGUAUAAAACAAAUAUGAUUGAUUGAAGUGUUAUCAGUACUCUAUAAAUGUCACACUGCUUUAUUAACAAUUCAUCCUUGAGAUCAUCAAUGACAGAUGUUUUUAACAAGGACUGGACCUAAUUCAGCACUUUAAUACUGUAUGUUUAGUAUAAAUUAAGGUACAAAGGAAUGGUGGAGACCAUGAAAAUGAGAUGCACUAUAAAUUAUGUAUUUUUGACUCCACAAAAACGCUGUAUGUGUUAAAGCUGUAUUUUAUUAUGAAAGGCGUUAGUCAUUUUGCAAAAAAAAUCAGUUUUAGUUCUAGUCUCUAACUUAUGGUUUAUCAUUACUUUUACUUCAUGUAUUUUAAAUCAUACAAUCAGGGUCAUCAUAGAAAUGCCAUUUUGAAGAUGAAUAAUUUUUAUUGUGAUCAGAUUUGUACCUACAGUAUUGCAUUGUCUGUAUGUUUCUCACUGUUUAUUUUAUUUAAUGAAUGUAUGUGGGCCUCUGUAUGUGUACAGAAUUUGUUGCACUGUAUUGCAAAUAUAACUAUUUAAACAUGA